GUGGCCUUUUCCUUGAUCUUCGGAUUCAGUUCCAACAACAAGAGACAGACGGCUUCGGUUUCCAUGCACCAUGGUCGAUGAAUCGAUUGCGCCCGACCCGGACUUAUAUUCCACUCAACAUUCCUGUUAUCCCGAUGAUUGGCAGUCGGAAACAACUUCGAUCGGCUCCUCGAUCUAUCGCGGUCUAAUGCAAAAUGGCCGACGGUACCAGACACUCAGCAACAAGGAAUAUCUUAUCCCGUCCGACGAUCAGAUGUUCGAAACCUACGAGGCCGGUCACUUGGUGGGACUUGUAUUGGACUCGCACAGAGAAAAUCCUUUGUUUCGAUCGCCGAUAGGACAUAAGCCUAAGCACAUCCUCGAUAUUGGGACGGGCAAGGGUAACUGGGCUAUCGAUGUCGCAGAUAUGUUCCCCGAGGCAACCGUUCGCGGAGUGGAUCUCUUCCCGCCUCCCGUCACUUGGAUGCCACCGAACUGUGUGUUGGAGGUGGACGACAUCCUUAACGAGUGGACAUGGCGCGAGCCCUUUGAUCUGAUCCACAUGCGAAUUAUGAUCGGCUCAUUCGACCCAACGGAGUGGGAACGAGUCUACAAGACGUGUUAUGACCACCUUCGCCCAGGAGGCUGGAUCGAACAAAUUGAAGCCAGUCCCUUCAUCUUAUGCGAUGACCAAAGCUUACCCCUUGACAACGUCCUCCGAAGCUGGGGUCCAAAUGUCUCGGGCUGCGGCGAGCGUGCGGGGCGGCAUCUCGAUGCCAUUGACACGAUGAAGGAGAGUAUUCGCAAAGCCGGCUUUGUUGAGAUACAUGAGCAGCCCUACAAGUGGCCCAUUGGUCCCUGGGCCCGCGACCAGAAAUACAAAGAGGCUGGCACCGUCAAUUACCAGCACUGGUUGUCCGGUAUGGAGGGAUGGUCCAUGUGGUUGCUCACGAAGUUUGGUACCCCCGAACCUUGGACAAAGGACGACGUUCAUGUGUACGUUGCAAAGCUACGUGCUGAGCUCAAAAACCCACAUUUCCACAUCUAUCAAAGAGCGCGGCGUGUGUGGGCCCGCAAGCCUAUGCCGAAUGAAGUCCCAGGCAAAACUGUCGAGAAAGAAAUCAAGGUCGAGGAUGAUUGA